CCUUGUCUCUGCCUGCGUUGUGUUACGGUCCCGGGCCUGCCGCGGCGCGCGCGCCUCUCGCUUGCGUUGUGUGUGUGUAGAUAAGUACUAAAUCCAUCAUGUCCCGUGCCAGCGGCGCCACGCCAUCGCCGCGCCGCUCACACGGAGACGGCGUCGCGGCGAUAGCGUCGAGGGCGCACGUCCGCGAGCAGCGCCGCGGCCGGGACCAGAGGUCCAUGGCCAGCGUGACGAGUCACGGCUCGGCAAGAUUUUUGUGUGUAGCAACCAGAUUCCCCCAGCGUGGUUGUCCGGUCGCCCGCAAUGGCUUCGCUGCCCGUCUUGGUCCAAGGACCAGGCGUGGACGGGCUAGCGCCCGCGGCAGAUGGAAACGAUGGCAGAGGUCCCCUGGCGCGUCAGAGCCACGGCGCGCCAAACCGGCGCAGCGCUGCAUGCUUCCGACCGUGUUGAGCACGUCUGCCAACGCUGUGGCUGCAAAAUUACUCGCACACUGACCUGCUUGGGCUGAGAUUGCGGGUUAUCGUCGUACCUGUGAUUGAGGGGGAGGGUGAGGCGUGGUGGGGCGGUGAGGCGGGUGCGGCGCGGCGACUCGUCGACGCGCGCGCCUCUGCGGUUUUGGGGCGGCGUUCUCGGAGGCCUCGAGUCGGAUGCGGGUGUGUCAAGAGCCGCUCGGAACGUUUCGCGGCGCCAGCGCAGCCAUGCGGCGCCACCGCGACGGAACACGGUCGCCGAGCCAGCCGGACGCGUCGUGCGCCAGCCGCGCGACCCAGGCAGCUGCUAAGCUGUCCGAGGCUCUAUCAGGGCCCACAAAGGCGCAGCAUCCGCAGUUUUCGAGCUGGGAACGCUAAUCAAUCCGCGCGUGACACUCGCAAUUUGUUUUCUCUCAGUGGAUUGCGUAUCGCUCUGGUAAAGGCACAAAUUUAGCAGUCCUUGCCG